UGGCCAGUCUCCUACUUAUAGCGCCCUCCCCACACCAUCUUCCGUCCGUAUAGGAUACGUACUGCACUCUUCAUCUCCUCAUUUCAUCAACACACACCUCCUUCCAUCCCUAUUUCAGAUACUUGUAAGUGCCUUCUUUGCUUUUCAUGAUGGCUCCCGGGGUGGGGUAAAGUCUGUUUGGCAACACCCCCACUUUGACAUAACCCUCAGACAGAACACUUCCCCCCUCGCAAUCCCGUCCUCCGAUAUUCGCAAACAAAUUUCUUCAAUUGAGCUCCGAAGUCACUAACCACUCGCCCAUCCAUCAGAUUUCUAUCCUCAGCAUGGGUGUCAAAGACGUCUUGAGCCGCAAGGAGGGCGUCAUCGUCGGUGACGAUGUCCUGAAGCUGUUCAACUAUGCCCAGGAGAAGGGCUUCGCCAUUCCCGCCAUCAACGUCACGUCUUCCUCUACCGUCGUUGCUGCUCUCGAGGCCGCGAGGGACGCAAAUGCCCCCAUCAUCCUCCAGACUUCGCAGGGUGGUGCCGCCUACUUCGCAGGCAAGGGUGUCGACAACAAGGACCAGAAGGCUUCCAUCGCCGGUGCCAUUGCUGCAGCUCACUACAUCCGCUCCAUUGCUCCCGCAUACGGCAUCCCCGUCGUCCUCCACACCGACCACUGCGCCAAGAAGCUCCUCCCAUGGCUCGAUGGCAUGCUCGACGCCGAUGAGGCCUACUUCAAGCAGCACGGCGAGCCCCUGUUCUCUUCGCACAUGAUUGACUUGUCCGAGGAGGACAAGGAGUCAAACAUUGCCACCACUGCCAAGUACCUCGAGCGCGCCGCGCCCAUGAAGCAGUGGCUCGAGAUGGAAAUCGGAAUCACUGGUGGCGAGGAAGACGGUGUCAACAACGAGGACGUCGACAACAACUCGCUCUACACCCAGCCCGAAGACAUUUACGAGAUCUACGACCGCCUCUCCAAGAUCAGCCCGUACUUCAGCAUUGCCGCUGGCUUCGGCAACGUCCACGGUGUCUACAAGCCCGGCAACGUCAAGCUGCGACCCGAGCUCCUCGAGAAGCACCAGGCGUACGUCAAGCAGAAGAUUGGCGCGAAGGAGGACAAGCCCGUCUUCCUCGUCUUCCACGGUGGUUCCGGCUCUUCGGUCGAUGAUUUCCGUCAGGCCAUCAGCUACGGUGUCGUCAAGGUUAACCUCGAUACCGAUCUGCAGUGGGCGUACCUCACGGGUGUCCGCGAUUACGUCACCAACAAGAUCGAAUACCUCAAGUCACAGGUCGGCAACCCCGACGGCGACGACAAGCCCAACAAGAAGUACUACGACCCCCGCGUCUGGGUCCGCGAGGGCGAGAAGACCAUGGCCAAGCGCGUCAAGGUGGCGCUGGACGACUUCUACACCGCCAAUCAGUUGUGAGUGAAGGGGGGUUAUGAUAUAGUAGUAGGUUACUUGGGACAGCACCCGGCAGGUGGAAGAUAACACCUGAUAAAACAUGGAUCAUUGAUUGCAUCGGCGACUUUUCGUGAUCAUUCCACACUUUUAUGUGGUUCAGGAAGCGAGUGAGGUGGAGAUAGGAAAAAUGUGAAAUGAUGAAUGACGAUGGCCGUGCUGUGUACUAGUGUGUGCGUGUUUGUAAUGCUGUCGACAAUCCAAUGGUGAAUAUUCACCCUUGACUUCAUGGGCCGACUAGGAAGGAAAGGGGCAAAGGCAACAAUGAUGCAGUCACUCCAAUGAAAGCAACCGGGAAGCAUCAAGA